AGCCCAGCCCAGCUGGAGCCCAUCCGCCCUGGACUCCUGGAGAGCAGCCAACUCGUGUGGGGCUUAGAACUGUGGGGUCCCGUCGCUGAGUGUCAAAUGCCCGCCCGCCGAUUCUUUUGCCCCGGCUUUGGAGGGUCGUCAUGUCGUCGGUGCCAACUUGCCGAGGCAUGCAAGAGCCGAGUGAUGGUACUGUCAACAGGCCUGUCCACCACUUUAAAGUCUUUCACUUCCUCAACACUACAUCAUCCCGAAUCUCUACUUCCUCUCUCCUCUCCUCCUAAUUAUCUUCAGUAAACAUUCCUUGAGAUCCGCUACGAGAGACAGACCGAUUGCUUUGGACAUAGAGCAGUGAAACACAAUUGAUUGAACAUGUCGGAAUUACGGUAUGAUGGCCAGGUUGUGGUGGUUACUGGCGCUGGAGGAGGACUUGGAAAGGCUUAUGCUUUAUUCUUCGGCUCAAGAGGCGCUUCAGUCGUUGUAAACGAUCUCGGAGGAUCGUUCAAGGGCGAGGGCAACUCGACAAAGGCAGCAGAUGUCGUCGUCGAUGAGAUCAAGGCCGCAGGCGGCAAAGCAGUGGCCAACUACGACAGUGUAGAAAAUGGCGAGAAGAUUAUCGAGACCGCCAUCCAGAACUACGGCCGAAUCGACAUCCUCCUCAACAAUGCUGGUAUCCUCCGUGAUAUCAGCUUCAAGAAUAUCACAGACAAGGACUGGGAUUUGAUUAUCGCUGUCCAUGUGAAGGGUUCAUACAAGUGCGCCCGCGCAGCGUGGCCAUAUUUCCGUAAACAGAAGUACGGCAGAGUGAUCAACACGGCAUCUGCGGCUGGUCUCUUUGGAAGCUUCGGACAGACCAACUACUCAGCUGCUAAAUUGGCUAUGGUGGGCUUCACAGAGACUCUUGCAAAGGAGGGUGCGAAAUAUAACAUUCACGCCAAUGUUAUUGCCCCAAUUGCUGCGAGCCGAAUGACACAAACCGUUAUGCCACCCGAUGUUCUCGAAAACCUCAAGCCAGACUGGGUUGUUCCUCUCGUGGCUGUCUUGGUGCACAAGGAUUCUGAUGAGAACGGUGCCAUUUUCGAGGUUGGCGGUGGCCAUGUUGCCAAGCUUCGAUGGGAGCGUUCCAGCGGUCUUCUUUUGAAGGCUGAUGAUUCCUAUACGCCUGGUGCUAUUUUGAAGAAAUGGGAUCAGGUCGGUGACUUCAGCAAAGGUGCUGAAUACCCUACUGGUGUUGCGGACUUCAUGGGUCUGCUCGAGAAGUCCAUGAAAAUGAAACCCAAUGACAAGGGCGAGACUCUUGACUUCAAGGGCAAGGUUGCCUUGGUCACCGGUGGUGGUGCUGGUAUUGGCCGCUGCUACGCUUUGGCAUUCGCCAAAUAUGGCGCCUCUGUCGUUGUCAACGAUUUGAUGAACCCAGACGAUGUUGUCCAGGAGAUUCAAAAGCUCGGUGGCAAGGCAGUUGGUGUAAAGGCCUCAGCUGAAGAUGGCGAGACCGUUGUAAAGGCAGCAAUUGAUGCAUUCGGCCGCAUUGAUAUCAUUAUCAACAAUGCUGGUAUUCUUCGCGACAAAGCCUUUACGAACAUGGAUGAUAAGAUGUGGGAUCAAGUCAUUUCAGUUCAUCUCAGAGGUACAUAUAAGGUUACCAAGGCUGCUUGGCCAUACAUGCUUAAGCAGAAGUACGGCCGUAUCGUAAACACCACUUCCACAAGUGGUAUCUACGGCAACUUUGGACAAGCCAACUAUGCUGCAGCCAAAUGCGGUAUUCUCGGCUUCUCGCGCGCCCUUGCUCGUGAGGGAGCGAAGUACAAUAUCUUGGUCAACACCAUUGCACCAAAUGCUGGCACUGCCAUGACCAGAACCAUCCUUCCAGAGGAGAUGGUUCAAGCCUUCAAGCCAGACUAUAUAGCGCCACUCGUUGUAGCACUUUGCUCUGACAAGGUUCCCAAACCAGGAACCGGUGCUCUCUACGAAGUCGGUAGCGGAUGGGUCGGACAAACCCGCUGGCAGCGAACUGGUGGACAUGGUUUCCCAGUUGACCAGAAGUUGACACCGGAGGCUGUGCUCAAGCAGUGGAAACGCAUCACCGACUUCGAAGAUGGGCGAGCAGACAAUCCAGAGUCCAGCCAAGACGGGCUGAAGAGCAUCAUGGCGAACAUGCAAAAUAAGAAGGGAGGCGCGAGUAAGGUAUGAGCAAGAUUCUCUACCAUCCUUUUCUAUCCCGGAACGAAAAAUUGGCGCUGCUCCUAUAUCUGUAAUGGUACUUUAUGUAUAAUGAAAUGAUGUUGACGUUUAUUUUGGUAUUAGAAGAGUGAAGGCGCAGAAGUGAACGAGGAGAUCCUUGCCAAUAUUGAGAAAGCUAAGAAGGCAGAGGGCUCGGGUACUGAAUUCAAGUACGAAGAAAGAGAUGUCAUGCUCUACAACUUAGGUAUUGGAGCAAAGAAGACUGACUUGUCCUACGUUUUUGAAGGAGAUGAGAACUUCCAAGCCCUCCCAACAUUCGGCGUCAUCCCCUUCUUCAGCGCCGAAACACCAUACCAAAUCGCGGACAUCGUCCCCAACUUCAGCCCCAUGAUGCUUCUCCACGGCGAGCAAUACCUUGAGAUCCUCUCAUAUCCCAUCCCCACAUCCGCAACUCUCGUCUCCAAACCACGCCUUCUCGAAGUAGUCGAUAAGGGCAACGCCGCUAUUGUAAAAUCUGGCGUAACAACCAUCAACAAAGAAACCGGCAAGCCACUCUUCUACAACGAAAGCACUGUAUUCAUCCGUGGCUCUGGCGGCUUCGGUGGCGUCAAGAAACCUCAAGACAGGGGCGCCUCAACAGCAGCCAACAAGCCUCCUUCUCGCGCACCAGACUUCACGGCUGAGGAGAAGACUACUGAGGAACAGGCUGUUCUGUAUCGUUUAAGCGGUGACUACAAUCCUCUGCACGUCGACCCUGCGUUCGCGAAGAUGGGAGGCUUCAGCGUUCCCAUUCUUCACGGGCUCUGCUUCUUUGGUAUUUCGGCGAAGGCUGUGUAUGAGAAGUAUGGUGCAUUUAAGAAUAUUAAGGUGAGAUUCGCGGGGACGGUUUUACCCGGGCAGACGAUUGUGACAGAGAUGUGGAAGGAGGGUGGGAAGGUCGUGUUCCAGAGUAAGGUCAAGGAAACAGGAAAGUUGGCUAUUAGUGGGGCAGCGGCUGAGCUGGUGGGUGAUGGGAAGACGAAAUUGUAAAAAGAGAGAAUGUAAAGAGGGGCCAGUGAUGGAGUGACGACCGAAGAGGGAAUUGUACUCUAGAAUAGGAUUGUCCAACGGGUAAAAUAGAAUGGAUGACUUCCAAACAGAACCCA